AUGGAGGAAUCAGUGGUGAAGUUCCUUGCUGGAUUUCAUAUUCAUGUGAAGUUGAAUUGGUUGAAAGCUGUGAUUUUGUUCGCCAAGUUACAUGGAGUAGGAGAUGAGGAAGCCGCUCUAUGCAAUGCAGUAGUUGAGCAACUCCUACACUCUGAUCUUUCCGACUCCUAUGAACCACUCACAAAGGUUCCAGUGGUUGCUGUAAAGGCCGUUAUCGUCAAGCAAAUGAUUUUCCAGAAUUAUCCAUUUCGUCUUUCUUUACUUCAUGUUGUUUCUGUCGUCAACACUGCACGGUCUUGCUAUGAUCAAUAUCGUGAAUGUAUCAAUAGUGAGGACGAUCUGUCGUGGUUUUAUGGUGAUGAAGAUGAGAACGGUCCCGAACAGCGGUCUCCUGAUACGAAACAACUGGAAGGUUCUGGUCGCCGUAGGAUGCUUAAAAUAAAGCUUUUUGAUGGCCAGAACACCGUACAUGCUAUCGAGUAUGGUGGAAAGCUUGCACUGGACGAAAAUACAUUACCGGGAACAAAGGUUUUAAAUGGCGAUAUUGAUGGGAAACCUAUAGAUCUCAAGUCGAUGUUUGCAGAACGUCUUGGUAUAAAGCAAGAUGUUAAAGGACAGCGAAGUGUUUGUCUUUGUAGUUCUUCUACGAUUUCGCCAUUUCUCGUUCGUAUUCCUCGAAUGCCCAACCAGGCUAUACAUAACCGUGAAACGACAGCACAGGAUACAAAAGAUAUGAAGAAAGAGAAUUUACCGAUUCCUCUACGUAAUUCACAGAUUAUUCCUCACGUUCUAGAGAAGCAUGAAGCUAAAAUAUGCAGGCCAUCAUUCAGCAGUAACGAGAAUUCACUGGCCAACAGAUCCAUAAUGGAAUACUUCUCCGUUUCUCGCAAUAAACGAGAAGUAGCGGAGACUUCGAUGAGUUCUUCUCAUCCUAUCCAUCCUGUUCCUGCUGUUCCUUUCUCAGAACAACUGGUUGUUGUUGUGCACAAGAACGACAAAGUGGUUGAAACCGAACUUCGUGAAAACGACGAAAUGAAAGAAGAAGAUGUUCCGCUGUUGAAUAGUAUGGUUACGCCUCCAAGUACAAGGAAAAACAUUUCUCCGGCAUUGAAUAGUUCGCCUGCUAUUUCUAAUGCUGCUGUAAAAGCUGAGGACCCAAUAGGUAGUGAAGUUUUCACAGGAAUAGAGGAGACUGUUAUGAUGACUACGCAAGAACUCAUAAAUUCAUCGAGUCCAGAAAUUAGUUCUUUACAAAACGAUUCUGAUUUGAUAUCAUUUAUAGCAAAUUCAGUCUCAAAGGAAAUCAAUGUCCAGGAAUAUCGAUCACCACCUUUGACACGCUGGGUGAAAAAUCCGCCUUCAUCUGCUGUUGUACCUUACAAAAAAGGGCGUAUGGAUGACAGAGCGCAGCAAAUUCAGAGCUCACUGAUGUUGUUGCCGGUAGUAAAAUGGAUGCUUUUUAUUAUGUCAAUUUCAAAAGCUAAGGUAGCCGAAAACUGA